GCUGACGGGGGUAUGUUGCUGUGCACAGCCAAGGUGGUCUCCAAAAAGACAGGAGAGAGAGAGAGUGGGACAAGGAUGUUGACUGUUAAUAUGUAAGGUUUUCAGGAUGAGUCAUCUCUGACAUUUUAUGAAUAGUCCCUUGACACACUUCUCGUCCCCUGCUCAGUCUCAGGCUCAGAGGGUCCCAAGUGACAUCUUGCUAAAACCUCUCCUCCACAAUGCGGCCACUCUGUUUUAUUUUACCAUUACUGUGCUUCCUACCUUUGCUAUCUUCUAACCCUGUAAAGCCCACUUGCAGUCCAACACAGUACAGCUGGCCAUAUAUAUCACCUACGUUUUGUUGUGAAAAGUGCCCUGCAGGUGAGUUUAUGGCCAGACGCUCACAGAAAAACUGUGACCAUAAAUGUGAACCCUGUGAAGCUGGGAAAUACACAGCCGGCUACAACACGGCAAUGAACUGUGAAUUUUGUGACAGCUGCAGUAAACCAAACAUGGAGGUCAAGACAGAAUGCAGCACAACUCAUAACACCGUGUGCACAUGUAAGGCUGGCUACAAGUGCAAAGACCAAGACUGUAAAGAGUGUGUAUCCACAAUCAAACCCACCGUCCCUCCAUCUACUACUGCAAAAGUGGAGGUCAAGACAGAAUGCAACCCGACUCAUAACAAUGUGUGCACAUGUAAGGCUGGCUACAAGUGCAAAGACCAAGACUGUAAAGAGUGUGUAUUGAUACCAGCCACAGUCAAACCCACCGUCCCUCCAUCUACUACUGUGGCGACACCUGAUGUUACCACCACCAGGCUCGCCACUAAACCGAUUGCAGAUACGGUGUGGUUCCUGGUGAUAAUUGCCCUCCUGUGUACAGGAAUUGCACUGGUUGUUGUGACAAAAAUCAAGCCAUUUUUAGUCUGGAUUAGGUUCACUCACGGGUACUUCUUGGCUGAAAAACCUGCCACACAACCUGCAUGUGAUGAAGAAGUGUCCAAGCCCGUCCAGGAAGUGUGCGGGAAAUGUGACCAACCUAUGUGUUAAAGACCAGAUCUGGAAUUUGGAGGAGCGAGAACCUAACAAGACACUCGGUGGCACAUCCCAGAUGGAAAACAUUCGUCACUGCUUUUGGACAUUUAAAUGGAGCUAAAAGGCACUCCGCGCCGUGCUGAUCAGUGGAAUGCCAGAAGGUGGAAAGUUUGAAACUGUUGCUGUUUCCUGAGAGGACAGAUGAUCAUUUUGGCAUCUGUGACUUUGAAGUGUAUAAAAUUGUGGUGGGUAAAAAUCUUGGAACUGAUAAGACAGAGGGGACAUUGUGGCAGUGAAAGGAAAGUAUGUACUAUAGUACAUAAAGUUAAACAUAUUUCAUGUAUAUCUACAUAUAUGUGCAGACAUAAUUAGCUGCUUUUGUAGCCAGCUUUUCAAUAUCACAUGUGGAUGUUCUGUGUACAUUUUUUCUUCUAUUUCUUUUUCAUUUAAAAUAAACUUAAUAAAUUUGACUAAAACUACCUAAUAACUACCUAACAAAGCUUUCUACACCUUGGAUGGCAUUCUUUGCACUGAGCCAAAGAAGCUUAUUAAAAGUAUAUACAAGAGUUCGUAAAUCAUAACUUACAAAGAAGACCACUUUGCAGCUGUUCUUCCGAGAUUUAAUACAUUUCUGAGGUGAGUGUUUUCCAGAAGCUGCAGAAACAAAGUCAGUGCAUCCGCAGCUUGCUGAGGAAAGACGAAUAUGAUCCAUACUCAUCUGUGGUUUCAAAGUUUGUUGUAUCCAAGUCUUCUGAAUUUUUUGAGAUGCAUCA